AUGGACAAUUUAUCAAUAAGAGAUCAAUUUUUGAAGGAUCAACCAACAGUCAGGAAGGAGACUGUUGACGAUGAGGAGAUGGUAAUUAUUACCUUGGAUAAUGAAAGUAAUAAAAAGGGAUAUAAAUUCAAAAUCCCUGUAUUCCAAUUAUCAAGUCGCGAUGAUGACUGGUUCAUGUUGUCAUCAGAUGUAGCAAGUACCUUGGGAUUCAAUGACAGUUAUUUGCUACAUCUAAGAAAUCCCAUAUUAAAGUUACUACCAACCACUGAUGAAGAGAAAAAUUAUUUAUGUGAAUUAGGGCUGAUAGACCAUUUUACCAGGUCCCGCAAUGCCACAAUUGUGUAUGCUUGGCUGGCAUACUUUAUUUUUGGAACAAAAAUAGUACACGGCGGUAGGAGAAGUCGAGAUGAUGAUAUAAGCGAUCAUGAAGAUGUUUGUAACAUUCUAUCUAAACAAUGUAAUCUCAAGAGACCCAAAAAUAAAUUAAAAAACUUGGAUGAAGCAACAUUGCAACAUCACAGGUUAGUUUCAGUAAGAGAUUAUAAUGCUCGGUUAAAGGUGAAUAGGAAAGAAAAACCAUACCACUAUGACCCGCAUACAAACAUUGUACAGCUUCCUAAUGACACUCAGUCAACAUAUUUGAAUGUUGAGUUCAUACCACAACAUCGUAUGGAACCACCAGGAAUGAUAACAUAUAUUGAAGAGAAACCAAGGGAUAUGAUAGCAAAAUUAAGUGAAGAUAUUUUAGAAAUUAUACCGUCAGAUAUUCGAGCUAUAAUUGAGAAAGUGAAAACUGACGAAGAUGCAGCAGAACGAGAGAAGGAAUUGAAAUUAUAUGCCGCUAAUCAAUACCCAUUAGCUUUAAUGGACAAUCAAAUCCAACAACACAUACCAAUGUAA